UAAGUACAUAUCUAAUCCAACUAUUUAUUCAUUGUUUCCCUUUUGCACAUUUUUUUUUUUCUUAGAGAAAAUCUUUCCUUUAGCCUUUGAACAUACAACAGAUAAUCAGAAUGGUAUCACUGAGGUUGCAGAAAAGGCUAGCUGCCAGUAUACUCAAAUGUGGUGAGAAAAAAUUGUGGCUUGAUCCCAAUGAGACCUUUGAAAUCUCAAUGGCCAAUUCUAGGAUGAACAUAAGAAAAGCAAUAAAGGAUGGUUUGAUAAUAAGAAAACCAGAAAUAACCCAUUCAAGAUGGCGGUGUAAGAAAGUGAAGGAAGCGAAAAUGAAAGGAAGACGGUCAGGCUAUGGGAGGAGGAAAGGGACGAGAGAGGCAAGGCUGCCUUCAAAGCAUGUGUGGAUGAAGAAGAUGAGAGUCUUGAGACAUUUGCUUCGUAAAUAUAGACAACUUGGAAAAAUUGAUAGACAUGUAUACCAUCAAAUGUACUCAAGUGUCAAAGGAAAUGUUUUCAAGAACAAACGCGUGCUGAUGGAGAGCAUUCACAAGUUGAAGGCAGAGAAAGCUAGAGGCAAUACAGCACUUUUGGAUCAAUUUGAGGCAAGGAAAGCUAACAAGUGAUUUAUGUUAUUAUGGAGGAAGUAGAUUCAUUAGUUAUUAAAUAAACAAAUAAAUAAAUAAAUCUAAAGCUGCUAUCGAUCUGGUUCAAUCUAAAGCCGAACCAAAAGCAGCUUAGAAUUUCCAGUUUGAUAUGAUAACAAACAGUUUGGAACCGUUUGGCCAUUCAGUUGAUCUGUUCUGGUGCAAAAAGAAAAAAACCAAAAAUUAAAAAGAAAAAGGGAAAGGGGAAAACGGUACAUCCAAAUUCGCCAGAAUCAGUGGUUGAAUAUCCGAUGCUGGAACUGAGAGACCCAAAAUCAACACAAAACCAGAACCACUGGUUAGAUCUUGGUUCCAAGCAUCACUGGCCCAGAACCAUUGGUUCGGUGAACUAGCCAUCACUACUUGGUACCUAGUAUUUUGUUGUUGUGUCAGAAAUGUAUGUUUUACGUUUACCUCUAUUUGUAUUUUUAUUUUUUUCAUUAGUAUAUAAUCAUAUUAAUUAUGUAAACUGCCAAUUUAAAAAAAAAAAAAAAAUUCAACCUAUUAUGAAGAAGCAGUCUUGCAGAUUGUGUUCCA